AGGACACUAUUAUUUGUCUGAACAGCGCUUCACAGUAUUACAAAGUAACUCUCACGCAAAGUUGUUCAAAGUGAUUAUUAUAAUUAUCUUUAAUGUAACACCGUGUUUUUUACGCAUGCCCCGCUCUCAGCCAAUCAAUGCCGCCGCGCAGCCUUCACUCAGACACCGCAGCCAAUCAAAACGCGGCGUGACGUCAGAGCCGCAGUGAGCGAGGAUCGAGGGCGUGAGAGCUGUUGCCGGAUGAGAGAUCAGAGCAGCACAUGAGCGCGCCUUCGUGCGUGUGUGCUCCUUCCACAUCGUCUUCAUCAUCCUCCGACUGCUGAUUGAUUGAUAGAUUGAUACAUCAUGUCCACGCCGGAGGAGUACGAGCGCGCGCCCAAGCGCAUGAAGGUGUCCGCGGAGGAUGAGGAGGAGCUGGAGGAAGGCGAGGAGUCAGACUCAGCAUCCGCGGGGCUCCUGGGUGACGAUGAGGAGGAUGAAGGACAGAGCAGAGCGCGCUGGAGCUCCGCGGAGAGGAAGGACAGCGGCUCUGAGACGCACCGCAUCGCUCCGUCUCCCGUCGUUCACGUGAGAGGUCUUUGUGAAUCUGUGGUGGAGGCCGAUCUGGUCGAGGCCUUGGAGAAAUUCGGAAACAUCUGUUACGUGAUGAUGAUGCCGUUCAAGCGGCAGGCUCUGGUGGAGUUCGAGGAGGUUCAGAGCGCUGACCGCUGCGUGGCGUGUGGCUCGCAGGAGCCCGUCUACAUCGCGGACAGCAGGCCCUACUUCAACUACUCCACCAGCAAACGCAUCACGCGGCCCACCAACGCCGACGACCCCAACAGCGGGAACAAAGUGCUGCUGCUGUCCAUCCAGAACCCGCUGUACCCCAUCACUACGGAUGUUUUGUACACAGUCUGUAACCCGAUCGGAAACGUGCUGCGCAUCGUGAUCUUCAAGAGGAACGGGAUCCAGGCCAUGGUGGAGUUCGAGUCCAUCCAGAACGCUCAGAAGGCCAAAGCCGCCCUCAACGGGGCUGACAUCUACGCCGGCUGCUGCACGCUGAAAAUCGAAUACGCUCGGCCCUCACGCCUCAACGUCAUCAGAAACGACAACGACAGCUGGGACUACACCAAACCCUUCCUGCUGCGCCGAGAGCGUGGUAAAGGCCGACAGCGGCAGGCCAUCCUGGGAGAGCAUCCGUCCUCGUACAGUGAUAACGGAUACGGCUCUCACUGCCCCCUGCUGCCGCUGCCCAGUAAUAACCGCUUCAAGCGCAGCUCUCAUGAUGUACUGGAGGUGGUGACGUAUCCGCUGCCCCAGACAUCCUCAUACAUGAGCCACGCCUCCAGCUCCGUCGCCAUGGUGAGCGGCCUGCAUCCCGCCAAGAUGAACUGCACUCGCAUCUUCAACCUCUUCUGUCUCUACGGAAACAUCGAGAAGGUGAAGUUCAUGAAGAGCGUCCCGGGCACGGCUCUAGUAGAGAUGGGUGAUGAGUACGCAGUCGACAGAGCAAUCACACACCUCAACAGCAUCAAGGUGUUCAGCAAACGCCUCAACGUCUGCGUGUCGAAGCAGCAGGCUGUGAUCCCCAGUCAGGUGUAUGAGUUGGAGGACGGCUCCAGCAGCUAUAAGGACUUCGCUAUGACGCGUAACAACCGCUUCAGCAGCGCCGGCCAGGCGUCCAAGAACAUCAUCCAGCCGCCCUCCUGUGUGCUGCACUUCUACAACGUGCCGCCCUGCAUCAGCGAGGACGACCUGCAGCGGGUGAGACGCUCGCAGAACACCCGAAACACGUCUUUACCUGACCCGCUAACUCCAGCACUCUAUUAUAAUUCUGUUCUGUCUGUUUGUUGACUUGACCCUCUAACA